CUUCGCUAUUCCAAAUUUAUAUACAACCUUGAACGGGUUAAUGAACUACAAAAGGGUUGAAAUGUCUUUUUUGAAGGCUUCGUUCGAUCGUCAUGUGCCUUGGUUUGCAACAUUGUAGAAGCCGACAAGUGGUCUGAACAGUACCUUUGUCUGACUAGACGAGGCCUUGUUCGCACUUUGCGCUGUAUGUCUGCAUCAUGUGGUCGGGCUGUCACGUCUCUCAUUGGACCUAUUCGACUCACCUGCAGCACCGCCAAGAAGCCAGUGCAGCCUCGUAUCAGUAGACUUGACCUCGUACUUCCGUACUUGCGCUAUAGCCACCGUCGCAUUACAGAUUCGACGUGGUCGUUGACGUACGACAGCCGUGCUACAUCAAGCGAAACACGAGGAUCCAUUCUGGUAGCGUAAGAACCGCAAAGACCAAAAAUGUCGACAACGUCACUGCUAUCGGGCGCUCCCGCCUCGCCGAGAUCGCCGGACCCGACCCCAGCAUCCUCAGCGCAACGAACAGCCGAGGCCAAAGUAGCCUUUCUGGGGUCGUUGGAUUCCGUGGGCGCCAGUAUCGACGGCGAACUCGAAGCGCGAGCGAAAAACAUUCACGCCAACGCCAAAGCUUUGACAAAGCAGGAAGACGAUCUGCGCAAGCAAACAAAAGCGGUGGCCAAGGAGAAUGACUCCCUGCAGAAGUUGCUCGACAAGACGAAACGGGAAGUGGCAGGGCUGGGCGACUUGGACGGUAUGAUGGCGGAUCUCGAUGCCGAUCUGGCUAUGCUUGAAGAGACGCUUAGGCUGGUAGAGGAGAGCGGUGCUGAGAUGUUGCAUGAGCAUGAGCAUGAUGAUGCGCCUGGCAAGCCGUGAUCACUCUACUACUAUUCAGUUUCCAGGAGGCUUGAUGACCUCUCUUCACGAGGAAGCGUUACUUGUGCCUGGGGUCAGUCUCGACAAUGGCAUGUACAGUAUCAUAUGUUAUUGAAGGUCGUGAACCAUCUGCGCAAUCGAGAGCAGUCGUCCUUGGGCGGGACUUACGAUACGAAUACGAGGUAUGGUGAAGUAGUAGGAAGUAUGGUGCAGUUCAGGGCGGAGCACUGCAAUUACUCUAGCCGAAGCUUAGUUUGUACUCUAAAUAACAGCCUUCCUAAUUAGUUCUAGCUUUUAUAGAGGCGAUAAGGAAUUAAAUCCUAC